AUGCUAGCACUUCGUGCAGCUGCUGCCACGACCUCCAGAACCAAGUUAUGUCUGAAGGUGUCUCAGCCGUUCUGUAGCGCCUUCGAGCAGGAUGACAGUAUGUGGCGCAGAAUCACUACCUCUCAACUAGACCAGCACGUCCCUUCCUUGAAACACCCUGAAUUUACCAUCACUUCCACUGCUGGCAUUACGUCUGACACUUUCCACUUUCUUCCUGUCUUCACCCCCGGAACAUUUUCCCGGGGUACAGCAUCCAUUCAUACAGCAUGGACAGCAAUCUCACCUUUGCCCACCUUUCUAUCUAUCUAUCUAUCUAUCUAUCUAUCUAUCUAUCUAUCUAUCUAUCUAUCUCAGUCUCUUCCUAUCUAUCUAUCUAUCUAUCUAUCUAUUUAUCUAUCUUUCACAGUCUCUCCUAUCUAUCUAUCUAUCUAUCUAUCUAUCUAUCUCACUCUGUUCCUAUCUAUCUAUCUAUCUAUCUAUCUAUCUAUCUAUCUAUCUAUCUAUCUAUCUAAGUCUGUUCAUUAUCUAUCUAUCUGUUUGUUCAUGAUCUAUCUAUCUAUCUAUCUAUUUCUCUAUCUGAAUGUCUGUCUGUCUAGUUAUCUAUCUAAAUUUGUUCUUUUUUCUUUCUUCUUUUCUUUCUUUCUAAGUUUCUUCAUUAUUUUUUUCUAUAUUUUGAUCCUUUCAUAUCUAUCUAUCUAUCUAUCCAGGUUUUGUCGUUCCUUCCUUCCUUCCUUCCUUCCUUCCUUUCUGCCUUCCUUACUUCCUUUUUUCCUUCCUUUCUGCUUUCCUUCCUUCCUUUCUGCCUUCCUUCCUUCCUUUUUCCUUCCUUUCUGCCUUCCUUUUUCCUUCAUUUCUGCAUUCCUUCUUUCCUUUCUUCCUUCCUUUCUGCCUUUCUGCCUUGCUUUUUUCCUUCCUUUCUGCCUUUCUGCCUUCCUUCCUUCCCUUUUCCUUCCUUUCUGCCUUCCUUCCUUCCUUUCUUCCUUCCUGCCUUCCUUUCUGCCUUCCUUCCUUCAUUUCUUCCUUCCUGCCUUCCUACCGUCCUUCCUUCCUUUGUGCCUUCCUUCCUUCCUUUUUCCUUCCUUUCUGCCUCCCUUCCUUCCUUUCUUCCUUCCCGCCUUCCUUUCUGCCUUCCUUCCUUCAUUUCUUCCUUCCUGCCUUCCUUUCUGCCUUCCUUCCUUCAUUUCUUCCUUCCUGCCUUCCUACCUUCCUUCCUUCCUUUCUGCCUUCCUUCCUUCCUUUCUGCCUUCCUUCCUUCAUUUCUUCCUUCUUGCCUUCCUACCUUCCUUCCUUCCUUUCUGCCUUCCUUCCUUCCUUCAUUUCUUCCUUCCUGCCUUCCAUUCUGCCUUCCUGCCUUCCAUUCUGCCUUCCUUCCUUCAUUUCUUCCUUCCUGCCUUCCUACCUUCCUUCCUUCCUUUCUGCCUUCCUUCCUUCAUUUCUUCCUUCCUGCCUUCCUACCUUCCUUCCUUCCUUUCUGCCUUCCUUCCUGCUUUCCUACCUUCCUUUCUGCCUUCCUUCCUUCAUUUAUUUCUUCCUCCCUGCCUUUCUACCUUCCUGUCUGCCUUUCUGUCUUCCUUCCUUCCUUCAUUUCUCCCUUCCUACCUUCCAACCUUCCUUUCUGCCUUGCUGCCUUACUUCUUUCCUUCCUUCCUUCCUUCCUUCCUACAUUUCUUCCUUCCUGCCUUCCUACGUUUCUUUCUGGCUUUCAGCCUUCAUUCCUUCCUUUUUUCCUUCCUUCCUUCCUUUCUUCCUUCCACCCUUCUUUCCUUCCUUUCUGCCUACCUUCCUUUUUGCCUUUCUGCCUUCCUUUUUUCCUUCCUUUCUGCCUUCCUUCCUUCCUUUUUUUCUUCCUUCCUUCCUUUCUGCCUUCCUUCCUUCCUCCCUUUCUGCUUUUCCUCCUUCUUUUUUUCCUUCCUUCCUUCCUUCCUUCAUUCCUUUGUGUUCCCAUUUUCUUUUGAUUUCCUUAAUUUUCUUUUUUACUAUCUAUUUUUUCUUUUUCUGUUGGAUUACUUUUCAUUCGUUCUUUUGUUUCCCCCUUUCUUUCUCUUCUUUUUCCCAUUCUUUCUUGUUUUAUCCUUUUCUUUCUUUUUUCUUUCUUUCCAUUUUUCUUUCAUUUUUCAUUUUUCUUUUCUCCAUUUUCUUUCUUUAUUGAUUCUUUGUUUAUUUGUUUCUUGA